AUGGCGGACAAGUAUCAGCAGCUGUUGAAACUCAUUGUCAUCGGAGAUAGUGGCGUCGGCAAGUCGUGCCUGCUGCACCGAUUCAUCGAGGACACUUUUUCUGAUGAGCAAACGCAGACCAUCGGCAUUGAGUAUGGUGCCAAGAUUAUUGACUUGGGUGGAGCAAAGGUCAAGCUGCAGAUCUGGGAUACGGCUGGCCAGGAGCGAUACAAGUCGGUGACGAGGAGCUAUUAUCGUGGUGCCACGGGAUGCCUCAUCGUGUACGAUGUCAACAAUAGAAGCUCGUACGAAAGUGUUCCACAGUGGUUAAGUGACGUGCGACAGCUAGCAGGAAGCGAUGUCGUAGUAAUGCUCAUCGGAAAUAAAAUUGACCUGGCCAAGGGGAAUAGCGUUCGCGCAGUUCAGCACAACGAGGCAUCUUUGUACGCACAGCAAAAUGGUCUGCUGCACUUUGAAACGUCCGCGGCUACAGGCGAGUUUGUUUCUGAAGCCUUCCUGAGAGUCGCCAAAAGUGCGGUGUCGUUGGCAAGCGCUGCAGAGCCAGAGAGCGAAGCCCAGCUAAGCCAGGACAACACGGCAAACAACUCAUACCUUUCGUCGUGCUCUUGCUAA